AUGUUUGAACCAUCCCCAUACCAGGACAGGAAAACAUGGAAGAUGACCCCAGCUAUGAUUAGAGCUAGGGAACCCUUUUUUAGAAGAAACAUAAUCGGUGUUUCUGUUCUACUUGGUGUAUCUGCCUCAAUCUAUUUUUACACAUACCGUUUCCUUCAUAAAGAUAACGAUUUUGCAGAUGUGCCAAUUCCACCUAUCGACCCUAAGGAACUGGAAACAUUGAAACAAGAGUACUACAAGGAUAAGAAAUGA